AUGAACCUGCUCAGAAUCAAAGACCUCCAAAGGCUAGCAACACACUGCGGCUAUCGGACGGACGUAAGUAAACUGGGCCGUAUAGCUGCCAUUGCCGAGACCGGCGCUUUUUUCGAACGCGUCUUGGGCAACAGGCCCAAUGAAUCUCUUGAUGUUCUUUCAGUCGACGUCGGGCUCAAGAACUUCUCCUAUAGUAAGGUCUCGUACCAGCAAAACACCGCUGAUAUCAAGGAGUGGGCCGUCGUGAACCUCCACUCCAAAUAUGGCACCCCCGAGUACAUCGACGAGGGCUCUUUGGUCGACCUGAAAGCGUACAUGGCCAAGUUGGCUGUUAGCGUCGUAGACAACGUGCUCAUAUCCAGCCUGUGGGUUCCCAAAAUCAUCACCAUCGAGAACCAAAGAACCAGGUCCAACUCGAGCAAGGCCACACUACCCAAUGUCCUUUUGAAUUUCACGUUCGAACACAUGUUAUAUGCUGCCUUUGUGGCACGGCAAACCACCAACCCAGCGUACGAAUCCCUGGUGGUGAUGCCCAUGAACGCCAACAAAAUGGUCAGUUUCUGGCUCUCGCGCUAUAUCGCCAAAGGGUGCCCCUACUCGCCCUCGCGGUCCAAAACAUAUCGUAAAAACAUGUUGUAUGGGUGGCUUAAAGCACCCCACAUCGCCCCCUUUGAUAUCUCUUCGUUUACCAACUUGUUGCCCGCGGACUUCCCGUCCAUGGGCACGAAUUUGCUGAACACCUCGCUUAGGCUGGCGUUGAAUAUCGAGCACAAGGGCGCGAAGGUCGAUGAUUUGGUAGAUAGCUUGCUCUACAAUCUCAGCAUUGCCAGACAGAUCUUCCACCACCAGGAGAUCCAGACCCUCGCUGCCGCCCACGACAAAGAUGGAAUUCUCGCGAGGCUCGAGCAAUGGGAUGUGGAGCAUCUCAAGUUCAUCGAGCCGGUGUUGAAUAGUAGUGAUCUCUUCCUCGCCACGGAGUACCAGGAUCAUGUGUCCAAGAGCUAA